AGCUCACGGCAGCGGCCCUGCUCCCUGCCAGCCCUCUGACUCACGCUCCCCAUUACCGCAUUUUUUCCGCCUCACAGCUGCUUGGUGCAGAGAGAGAGUGUGGGGCUGCCCUCCCCCACUCAGGCCUGACCCUCGAUUCGCCCAACCCCUGGCCUCAGUUUCCUCAGGAGACACACAAGCUCGACCACUGCUCCCCUCCCUCAGAUGCGGGCUGGGGACUUUGUGUGCACAUCCCCCAUGGGAGUGGAGAGAGGGGUUUCUUAGUCUUCUGUCUCAAUCCAGAAAGUCCUUCCUGGAGUCUGGCUGCACAUCUCUUGCUGCGCCGUGAGCCCCAGAUAUGCCAGGUCCCUAACCAGGGCGGCUGAAGUGCAUCUACCCUCAGAGCCCUCUUCCCUGGUCCCACCAGCCUUCCCUGGCUGAACAGAGAGGAGGCCGAGCCCCGCCCCAUGCUCGCACCCCCGUGUGCACCCCAGUUCGGAUCCCUCCCCGCAGCCUGCCGACCCCUGAGCGUCUCAGCCCAGCGCGCCUUCUCCUGGCCGGGCUGCCCUUGUCCCGCGUGGGUGUCUGCAGUUGGACACUCUCCCUCCCGCCUGCUAACACCCUCCUCCCCAGGCCUCAGGCGCCGGCCAGCCCCCUCCCCGCCCCCACUCCUGUCCCCUGCUGCCUCCUCGGCAGCCUCUUUUCCUCCUGGCAGAGCGUCCAGCCCAGCCUGCUCCUCCCUGGGUCCAAGGCGCCUUCAGCAGGCAGGCGCGGCCCUCCCUCCCUUCCUCCCAGCGGUGGCCGCCACCUCCUCCCUCUCCGGCUCCAGUCCCCUCUCACCCCAUCCCCGCCCCGACUCUGCAAACAUGAGGGUCUUGGCCUGCCUCCUCGCGGCUCUGAUGGGGAUCCAGGCUGUUGAGCGGCUGCGUCUGGCUGAUGGCCCCCAUGGGUGCGCUGGCCGCCUGGAGGUGUGGCACGGCGGGCGCUGGGGCACUGUGUGUGACGACGGGUGGGACCUUCGGGACGCCGCUGUGGCCUGCCGGGAGCUGGGCUGCGGGGGUGCGCUGGCCGCCCCUGGAGGGGCCUUCUUCGGGGAGGGCACGGGGCCGGUGUGGCUGAGCGAGCUGGCCUGUCGGGGCAGCGAGCGGCAGCUGGGCCUCUGCCCCCACCGGGGCUGGAAGGCCCAUAUCUGCUCCCACGAGGAGGACGCCGGCGUCGUCUGUGCAGGUCAGCGUGUGGCCGACUCCAGGGACCGAGAGGACUCACCUUCAAUCCUGGACGGGGACCCGUGGCCGGGGCUGUCUGGGGAGCUGAGCCCCAGCUCGGAGGAGCCCCCCGUGACACCUGCCCCCCGCCCAGCCGGGACCCCUCAGAACACCUCUCGGAGGAAGAGCCCCAGGCCGCCCAAGCAGGCCAAGUCCACUAGGGCCCCUCUGGUGACUGCUGGAGCCCCUCGCCAGGAGCGGCUGCGCCUGGUCUCCGGCCCCCACGGGUGCUCGGGCCGCCUGGAAGUGUGGCACGGCGGGCGCUGGGGCACCGUGUGCGACGACGGCUGGGACCUGCGGGACGCCGCCGUGGCCUGCCGCGAGCUGGGCUGCGGGGGCGCGCUGGCGGCCCCGGGAGGGGCCAGAUUUGGCCCGGGCUCAGGGCCCGUGUGGAUGGACGACGUGGGGUGCGGAGGGGGAGAGCAGGCCCUGCGGGACUGUCCCCGAAGCCCCUGGGGCCGGAGCAACUGUGACCACAGCGAGGACGCCGGACUGGUCUGCACCGGCCCGGCUCCUCGCCUGCGUCUGGCUGAUGGCCCCCAUGGGUGCGCUGGCCGCCUGGAGGUGUGGCACGGCGGGCGCUGGGGGUCGGUGUGUGAUGACGCCUGGGACCUGCGAGAUGCUGCCGUGGCCUGCCGCGAGCUGGGCUGUGGGGGUGCGCUGGCCGCCCCUGGAGGGGCCUUCUUCGGGGAGGGGGCCGGACCCAUCCUCCUGGACGAUCUUCGCUGUCGGGGAAAUGAGACAGCCUUGCGCUUCUGCCCGGCACGGCCCUGGGGCCAGCACGACUGUCACCACCGGGAGGAUGCCGGGGCUGUGUGUGACGGUAUGCCCCUCGGGUACGUCCCUCCCACGGCCCCCGCGGUGGACAGCAACAGCUCCAGGCCCAGGGAGGCUGCCUCCAGGCCCCCACCCCCUGCAGCGAGCCAGGCCCCAGGGACAGCAGGCCUUCCACCUCCGCCCGCCUUCCCUACCGCCCCUCGGGAGCCUGGUCCCGAAGCUGGGUCCCCUCAGCUGCGCCUUGUGGCUGGGCCCAGCAGGUGCUCAGGCCGGCUGGAGGUGUGGCACGACGGGCGCUGGGGGACGGUGUGCGACGACAGCUGGGACCUGCGGGACUCGGCUGUGGUCUGCCGGGAGCUGGGCUGUGGCAGCCCUCGGCUGUCAGACCCCGCUGCCGGCCGCUUUGGCUGGGGCGCCGGCCCCAUCUGGCUGGACGACGUAAGGUGCAUGGGGACGGAGGCUUCCCUUGCUGACUGCCCCGCGGCUCCCUGGGGGAAGCACAACUGUGCUCACAAUGAGGACGUGGGAGUCACCUGCACUGGAACACCCGGCCUGGACUCCAUCUCAGACCCCUUCAGUUGGAGCUGGAUCCCUGGCCUGGGUCGAGAUCCGGGUGUCUGGCUCCCAGGGGAGCUGGCCACCAAGCCCUCUGCCAGGCUGACGCCCAGUGUUCCCGAGAAAACCACCACCAAGGCCCCAGGGAAGAUGCCCAAGAGCACGAAGAAGUGGGGGACCAAAACCAUAAAGAAACCGACCACACAGCCUCCCGAGAUGCCAACCACGAAGCACUCCAGGGCCCCGGGCACCCAGGGUCCCCCAGAACUGACCUCAUGGACCACUGCCACAACCCUGCCCCCCGAGGCCUCGCGAAGACCAACCUCUGUGCCCACCACUAGGCUGACCUCACACGCCCCUGUGACGCGCACUCCCCGGGCCCCCUGGGAGCGGAGCUCCAAGACCGUGGCGGCGCCAACCAAGCAAGGGCCUGGAGAAAUGACCUCUGAGGCCCCGGUGGAGCCGUCGGCUGAGAUCCCAGGAGAAGGUUCUCCAGAGUCAUCUAAAGAGCCAGCCACUGGGGGGUCAGGCCCGUUCCGGGUUCGUCUGGCUGAUGGGCCCAACCGGUGUGCGGGCCGGCUGGAAGUGUGGCAUGCUGGACGCUGGGGGACAGUGUGCGAUGACGGCUGGGACCUGCGGGACAGCACUGUGGUGUGCUGGGAGCUGGGCUGUGGAAGGGUCCGGCCCCGGGUGGGCAAAACCCACUACGGCCCCGGGACCGGGCCCAUCUGGCUGGAUGACGUGGGCUGCAAGGGGAGCGAGGCCUCGCUGAGCGACUGCCCCUCGAGGGGGUGGGGACAGCACAACUGCGACCACGAGGAGGACGUGGGGCUCACCUGCACUGGCUACUCGGAUGAGGAGGACUAUCCCCCCUGGACCUGGGACCCCACCUCGGGAGAGGACGUGGCCAAGGGGACCACCGCUGCAGGGAUGCCUGGACGAUCUCCCUCCUGGGGCACCACUAGGAGGCCAGGGACCCCCACCGUCGCCGCCACAGCAACGAGGCGCCUUCCAGGCACAGGUGACAAGGAUGGUUAUGCGCUUUCCUGGACGUGGGACAUGCCUUCGGGAGGGGCCCUGGCCAAGGGGACCCCCACCGCAGGCCUACCUGGACCCCCUGGCACCACCAGGAGCCCAGGCCAUCCCUCGUCAGCCCCAAGGGCCUGCGGAGACACAGGUUCUGCGAGGAAACCAUUGCCAGAGCGCCGGCUGCUGCGGCCUACAGCGGCCAGGACAGCGCCCCCCGUCCCUUCCCCAGCUCCCUCUACCUCGCCAGAGCCCCCAGGCCCUCUGCCGACCUCUGACUCCCCGCCGCAGCUCAUCCCCACAGCAGCUUCAACCCCCGAGGUGACCUCUGACCCUCCCGACACUUUGCCCCCCAGCCCAGACCCGGCCUCCUCGAUGAACUCUCACCGCGCCCUGACCACCCCUGGCCUCGACUUCUCCACUCACGCUGCCACCGUGGUUCCAGCACUGACCCCUGGGCUGUCACCCUCCAUGCCCAAAGAACUGACCUCUGACUCCACUGCAUCGGCGGUGGUGACCCGCCUUUCCUCUACCUCAGAGCGGACACAGCCAGAAUCUGACACAGCCCCAGGCUGGGACACAACUCCAUACCCCAGCACAGUCCCAGAACUCUCUAGUUCCCCAGGCCCCUCCACAAGCCCUCACCCCACUGUUACAACCUCUCACCCCGCUACCACCCUUCACCCCACCACGACCUUUCACCCCACUGCCACUCCUCAGCAGACCUUUACCCCUUACCUUACUACGACCCCUCGUCCCACCACCACUGCCCAGCCCACCACGACCCCUCGUCCCACCACCACUGCCCAGCCCACCACGACCCCUCGUCCCACCACCACUGCCCAGCCCACCACGACCCCUCGUCCCACCACCACUGCCCAGCCCACCACGACCCCUCGUCCCACCACCACUGCCCAGCCCACCACGACCCCUCGUCCCACCACCACUGCCCAGCCCACCAACCCUCGUCCCACCACCACUGCCCACCCCACCACGACCCCUCGUCCCACCACCACUGCCCAGCCCACCACGACCCCUCGUCCCACCACCACUGCCCAGCCCACCACGACCCCUUACCCAGUCACAACCUCUUACCCAGCCACGACCCCUCACCUCACCACCACGACUCCCAACCCCACUGCAACUCCUUUGAUCACUUCCCAGUCCCUGCUAACUUCCUUGGGAACAGAACCUCCCUCUUCCUCUCCAGCACCAGCAGUCGAGCCCACCUUCGCAGGGGCUCCCCACCUCUCUGGAUCCCAGACAUGGAGCCCAGAGCCCUCUCCAGUCCCAAGCACACCAUCCACUGAGAACCUCACACCACCCAGAAGCCAGAGCCCCAAACGAACCUCUCCACCUACUCAGGAUCCAUACUCAGUCCCUGACCCCCGUGUGACCCCUGACCUCCACCUGCCCCAUAUGGCCCACCCCUUGGAUCAACCUCCUCCCGACCGCCUCACCCCGGGGCCAACUCCUGGUCAGAGCCCAGGCCCCCUUGGCCCAUGCGAGGCCCCAGCUCCACCGGUAAGGGUCAUGGCUUGUGAGCCGCCUGCCCUGGUCGAGCUGGUGGCCGCUGUGAGGGAUGUGAGUGGCCAGCUGCAGAGGCUGACCCAGGCCCUGGAGCGUGACCAGCAGGAGCGCCAAGCCCUGGGCCUGGGGUUGACCCAGCUGGUGGAGGCCGCCCAGGGACUGGGGCAGCUGGGUGAGGUGGUAAAGAGACUGGCGGAGGUGGCCUGGCCCCCCAGCACCUCUGCACCCAUCACUACCACCCCGGAGGAGGAAGAGCGGCCUCUGCGGGGAGAUGUGUGACCUUAUCCGGGGUCCGAGGGAUUUAAGACACUCCCAAUCCAAAAAAGGAAAACCAAAGUAUCUAAUUAAAAACAAAAUGGGAA